AUGGGUGACGAAUGCAAAGCUUCUAAACAUAAUCGCUCUCUAAAUAUGAAGAAAGGUAAGGUCAGUGCAUUCGUUAAAAGAAACUCUGAAUGGCUACUGGACGGUGAACUUCCUACAGUGCGUGAACAAUGGAGCAGAAAGUGCCUUAAAGAAAGACAUUCGGCUUGUUCAACUUUUUCAAUUUUUGAAUUGAACAGUAACACCGAGAAGACUACGCUGUUGGUACUGAAUUAUAGUGAUGAUGAUGAUGAUUUCGACGUUGUUGAUUAUUUUGCCGUUUCUACUGAUGAUGAUGCUGAUGACGUGGAUGAAGGUGAGAAUAACUGUUAAGA